AACGAAAUGCCUCAUUACGGGGGUAUGGAAAGCGCAGGAAUGUACGGUGAUCCCCAUCGUUCUAUGGGUACUCACCCCCUCUCUCAUUCACAUAGUGGAUCUAUUCAUCAAUACCCUUCCUCAUAUACCUCAAGUAGUAGCAUGCCAGGAGUAAUGAGCACUACUCAGGAUUCACAAUUAAAAAGGGAUAAAGAUUCUAUAUACUCACAUCCUUUAUUUCCCUUACUCGCACUUAUUUUUGAAAAAUGCGAGUUAGCCACAUGUACUCCUCGAGAACCGGGGGUUGCAGGGGGUGAUGUGUGCUCGUCGGAGUCCUUUAAUGAAGAUAUUGCAGUAUUCAGUAAACAAGGUCGAUCGGAUAGUAAAUGCUUUUCUACGAAUCAUGAAUUGGAUAGUUUGAUGAUUCAAGCCAUACAAGUUUUACGUUUUCAUCUUUUGGAAUUAGAAAAGGUGCACGAACUAUGUGACAAUUUUUGCCAUCGCUAUAUCAGUUGUUUAAAAGGAAAAAUGCCUAUAGACCUAGUGAUAGACGAUAGGGAAUCGACGGGCUCAGUUUCAGGAACUCCUAAAUCCUCCACAACGACAGGGGGUCUGGAUAAUCCCGCGGAUAUUUCAGAAAAUAGUCAGGAACAGUCAUCUCGUUCAGGUGACACCCCUAUUCCUACUAGUCAACCAAAUACUAACUCCUCACAUAAUGCUGAAAAUAAUAGUGAAUCAGGUGAUGGUUUAGAUAAUAGUUUAGGCUCAGGUGAUGGCUCAGAAGAUGAGGAAAAUGGUGAUAGAUCUAAGCGUUCGAAAAAACGUGGAAUUUUCCCCAAGGUUGCCACGAAUAUCAUGAGAGCAUGGCUAUUUCAGCAUUUAUCGCACCCUUACCCAUCAGAAGAACAGAAAAAGCAAUUAGCUCAAGAUACAGGUUUAACAAUUCUUCAGGUCAAUAACUGGUUUAUCAAUGCCAGAAGAAGAAUAGUUCAACCCAUGAUAGAUCAAUCUAAUAGAGCAGGCAAGUCACAACUCGUUACGGUCUUCAAAAAUAGGAGGCGUAAGUCGUCAUCUGCCGAUACCCUCGGUCUCUCACCAGGUAACAUUAGAGUCACAUGA